AUGUCGGCGCAAAGAGCUGCAGUCAAGACUACAUACGAGGUUGGUCGUACCCUGCAGCCAAUCUACUCAGGAGGAAGCUUAGCCCUCAGCGAAGACGGGCGCAUUCUGGCCGCGAGCUUGGGUGAAGAUGUCCUUCUUUCUGACCUCACCAAUGGGCAAGAGCUAGGGAGGGUCGAGGGAGACGGCGAGGCCAUCACGGCUCUAACCCUAACCCCGUCCGCAUCGCAUCUUGUAGUAUGCUCGCGAUCGCUUUCCAUGCGCUUUUUCGCCCUCAAGCCUUCCGAUACCGACGACGAAACUUUCCAACUCGAACUUGUUCGGACAUUGCGGCCGCACACAUCUCCUGUAGUCACGUUAGCGACAGACCGUACGGGAACACUGGUGGCAACUGGAGGCGCAGACGGUGUGGUCAAGAUUUGGGACAUUGUCGGUGGCUACACGACACAUACUUUCCACGGCCAUGGUGGAGUUGUCUCGGCGCUGCACUUCUUCGAGGUAGAGGUAGCUGAGCGCGACGAUGCAUCCGAGAACAACAAAAAGAGGAAAAGGAAGUCACGGCAAGAAGGCGCUGAGUUGGACCACGCCCAGGGCGAGAGUCAGAUACAGUUCCGACUGGCGUCUGGUGCCGAAGAUGGCAAGAUACGGAUAUGGGAUCUGCACAAGAGAAAGAGCGCCGCUGUCCUCGACUCGCAUGUCUCCGUCGUUCGCUCGUUACAGUACUCGCCGCAAGAGAAGGUCCUUCUGUCUGGCAGCAGAGACAAGACGUUGAUUGUCUGGGACUCACACAAGUGGAAGGCGCAACGCACUAUUGCUGCCCUAGAGGGCAUCGAGAGCGCAGGCUUCAUCGCAGACGGGAAGAUCUUAUACUCUGGCGGAGAGAACGGCCGACUACGACUCUGGUCAGCGUCCAGCGGAAGAGAGCUCACCCGAGACCAAGCGCCUGGAAUCGAGACGGACGAGAUUGUCAACAUCCUCUACUAUCCUUCGUUACCCUACUUGAUCUCGGUGCAUGCCGACCAAGUACUCAACUUCUACUCCCUCAAAUCAGCCCAGUCACUCGUCGUCGAAGAGACCAUCGACCCGCUACCCAUCUUCCGCCGCGUUUCCGGAACACACGAUGAGGUUAUCGAUAUCGCCUACGUCGGCCGAGACAAGACUCUACUAGCACUUAACACCAAUUCAGAGGACAUCCGGAUAAUCACGCUAAACGAAUCCGACGCAGAAGACGCGACCGAAGGCAGAUACUUUGGUGCGGAUGUGGGGUUGCUGAAAGGACACGAAGACAUCGUCAUCUGUCUCGACGUAGAUUGGUCAGGUCACUGGCUUGUUACAGGUGCUAAAGACAACACAGCACGGUUAUGGCGUCUCGACCCAGCCAACGAGUCGUAUACCUGUGCUGCAGUCCUCACCGGCCAUGCGGAGUCGCUCGGAGCGAUUGCAUUGCCACACACAAUACCCCAAGAAUCAUCAGCCGCAUUUACCGACCCCUUGUCACAUCCACCCGCGUAUAUCGUGACCGGCUCUCAAGAUCGGACGGUCAAGCGUUGGGAUACUACGAAAGAGAUGAAGGGCAAACUGCGAGCCAAGUACACCCGCAAAGCACACGACAAAGACAUCAACGCCAUCGACAUCGAUCCCUCUGGAACCCUUUUUGCAUCCGCAUCGCAGGAUCGUACCAUCAAGAUCUAUUCGGCAGCAGAAGGAGAGGCUAUCGGUGUCCUUCGAGGUCACAAACGUGGUGUAUGGUCGGUCAAAUUUGCACCCAAAGACUCGCAAGCGCCAAACUCGGGAAACAAGGGCUUGAUCGCAACAGGCAGCGGAGAUAAGACGGUCAAAAUCUGGAGCCUAGCAGACUACAGCUGUUUGCUCACGCUAGAAGGCCACUCGAACAGUGUCCUGAAGCUGUCGUGGUUGCCCUACCGACCCGUCGACGCACGGGAUAAGCGCGGUCCACAGAUAGCUUCUGCAGCUGGUGAUGGACUUGUCAAGAUCUGGGAUACAGUGUCCGGGGAGGCCAUGUCUACACUUGACAACCACACUGAUCGUGUAUGGGCACUUGUCGCACACCCAACAACCGGCGCUUUGGUGUCUGGUGGUGGAGAUAGCGUCAUCACAUUUUGGGAAGACACGACAAGCACCACGCUGGAAGCUGCCACGACAGCGGAAACAGAACGCGUUGAACUGGAUCAAAAGCUACAAAACUACACCUACGCUGGCAACUACCGCGAGGCUAUCGUCCUUGCACUUCAAAUGGACCAACCGGCCCGUCUCUUCUCCCUCUUCAAAUCCGUAGUAGAAACGGAGAAUCCGGAUACAGACAGUCUCUCAGGCCUCAUCACUGUAGACGAAGUCCUUGGCUCUCUGGCAGACGAACAGCUAUACAAACUGCUCAUCCGCCUCCGUGACUGGAACACCAAUGUCCGUACCGCGCCCAUCGCUCAGAAGAUUCUAUGGACUAUUGUCAAGUCGUACCCAGCUUCUCGCCUAGCUAGUCUGAGGCCGCAAGGAAAGGUUGGCGCAAAGGGUAGUCUGAAGGAUGUGCUAGAUGCUAUCAAGGUGUACUCUGAGAGGCAUUAUAAGCGAGUAGAGGAGUUGGUUGAUGAGAGUUAUUUGUUAGACUUUACUCUCAAGGAAAUGGACGAGGUUGCUGGUGAGGUCAAGGCUAUCACAAACGGCACGUCGCAGUUGGGUCUUGAGAGGGAUGUCGUAAUGGUUGAUUAA